AGAAGCAGGUGGUGGGCAAGAGACUAUAAUUCCCAGCAUGCACUGCGGAGCGGCUUUGGCUGUUGAGCUCGUCGGGGAUUGGAAGGCAUACAAGGGAGAGGAGCCCUUGUGAAAUGGAGAAGCGGGAUGGCGGGAGCUGCGGCUUUAAAAAGGAGACUGUGAACAAGCUGCUCCAGCGCCACUUCAAAGAUGACAAAACACAAGUCAGUGAUGAUGCUCUGUUGCUGGUGGCAGAACUGCUCAAAGUGUUUGUUCGAGAGGCUGCAGCGCGAGGAGCACGCCAGGCUCAGGCAGAGGACCUGACCAGGGUGGAUGUGGAACAUGUGGAAAAAGUGCUGCCCCAGCUGCUUCUGGACUUCUGAAGAGAGAAAUGAUGCAAAGCAAGCAUUCUUUUUCACAUGGAAAUGUCUCCUGGAUGCUGGAUGAAGUGGAUCAUAGACUCCCCCCAAAAAGAAUCUAUUGCAAAGGGACUUUAAUUGUUGAGUGAUAGAGUAUUGGCAGUUCUUCCCUCUUUAAAAGCUGUUCCUCUUUUCCCAUCAUUUUCCUAGGUGUCCAGUAAUCUUACAGUGGUGCAUGAAAGGGUUUUAGAGCCUGUCUCUCCGUGUUUUCACAACAGAAGGUCUGGAGCCAAGGGCACCUGGCCCAUCUUGCCUCUUCACAUUCACAACCAGGCAGUCUCCACUUUCUUUUCCGAUGGGGAAAACAGGUGCCUUUCUUUUAGGGGUGUGUGGAAAGAGUGAGUAUGCCUGGAAGACUUCCCCACACCAUGGGCUCUCAUCACCUCAGCAAGCAUUUAAAGGCCAACUUCAGGCCUGUCUGCUGUCUGAGGUCUUAAACAGGAGCUAGCCCCAGGUCUAUGCCAACGGCAGGUACCUGAUCUUUAUUUUAUAAAUAAACAGUGCCUGUCCCUCAAUCCUUUUCAGCAUUCCACUGGGGCCAUGACAUCAAAGAGUGCUUGGAACCUUUUAACCAUUUGAUAUUCCUUUCAGAAGCUGCUUCCCUCUGCUAUAAAUUUGUUCUCACAAAGAAACUUCAAUAAAUCAAAAAUGGUCUCCCUCCCUUA